AUGAGUGCAUCAUGGGCAGAUGUGGCUGAUUCAGAGAAGGCUGCUUCCAGGGCAAAGCCUGCUUAUGUUCCCCCUCAUCUAAGGAACAGACAAUCAGAGCCUGUUGCUCCUUCUCCACAGAAUGAUCGUCCAGGGUAUGGUGGUCAACCGGCUAGAUGGGCUCCUGGAGGUGGUGGAGGCGGUGGCUACAGGAAUGAUGUAGGGCGUCCCAGCCAAGGCUAUGGUGGACGAGGAAGUGGUGGUGGUGGUGGUGGAUGGAACAGCAGAGGUGGAGGAUGGGACCGUGAAGUUAAUCCUUUUGGAGAUGAUGCUGAUUUGGAACCCGUCCAGGAGACUACUGGCAUUAACUUUGAUGCGUAUGAAGAUAUUCCGAUUGAGACCAGUGGGGGAGACGUGCCUCCUCCUGUUAACACAUUUGCAGACAUUGAUCUUGGGGAGGCGUUGAAUCUGAACAUUAGGAGGUGUAAGUACGUGAGGCCUACACCCGUACAGCGUCACGCUAUUCCGAUACUGCUUGCAGAGAGGGAUUUGAUGGCCUGUGCUCAGACAGGGUCUGGGAAGACUGCUGCUUUUUGUUUUCCGAUAAUUAGUGGAAUCAUGAGAGAUCAGCAUCUUCAAAGACCUCGUGGUUCAAGGACCGUUUACCCUCUCGCAGUCAUCCUUUCACCAACAAGGGAGCUGGCAUCUCAGAUACAUGAUGAAGCCAAAAAAUUUGCCUACCAAACUGGUGUGAAGGUUGUUGUUGCGUAUGGAGGAACACCUAUUAACCAGCAGCUCAGGGAACUUGAGAGAGGAGUUGAUAUCCUUGUGGCAACUCCUGGCCGGUUAAACGAUUUGCUAGAGAGAGCUAGAGUCUCAAUGCAGAUGAUUAAAUUUUUAGCUCUUGAUGAGGCGGACAGGAUGCUUGACAUGGGUUUUGAACCACAAAUUAGAAAGAUUGUUGAACAGAUGGACAUGCCUCCACCUGGGGUGAGACAGACUAUGUUGUUUAGUGCUACGUUUCCUAGGGAGAUCCAGAGACUUGCAUCUGAUUUUCUUGCAAAUUACAUAUUUCUGGCUGUUGGAAGAGUGGGCUCAAGUACGGAUUUAAUAGUCCAAAGAGUAGAGUUUGUCCACGAUUCUGACAAGAGGAGCCAUCUGAUGGACCUGCUUCAUGCUCAGAGGGAGAAUGGUAACCAAGGAAAGCAAGCUUUGACUCUGGUAUUUGUGGAAACAAAGAAGGGAGCUGACUCUUUGGAGAAUUGGUUGUGCAUGAACGGAUUCCCAGCAACGACCAUCCACGGUGAUAGGUCACAACAGGAAAGAGAAGUGGCACUAAGAUCAUUCAAGACUGGGCGGACACCUAUUUUGGUUGCAACCGAUGUGGCAGCGCGUGGUCUUGACAUUCCACACGUGGCUCAUGUGGUUAACUUUGAUCUACCAAACGACAUCGAUGACUAUGUCCACCGUAUCGGACGAACAGGACGUGCAGGCAAUUCAGGAUUAGCAACUGCUUUCUUCAAUGACAACAACACAUCAAUGGCCAAGCCACUCGCUGAACUAAUGCAAGAAGCAAACCAGGAGGUCCCUGACUGGCUGAGUCGGUACGCAUCUCGUGCUUCAUUUGGAGGUGGUAAGAACCGGCGGUCUGGUGGACGGUUUGGUGGCCGUGACUUCAGGAGAGAAUCUUUUGGCCGAGGCGGUGGUAGUGGUGGUGGUGGUGACUACUAUGGUGGCGGCGGCGGUGGGUAUGGAGCCGUUCCCGGUGGUGGAUAUGGAGCCAUGCCUGGUGGAUAUGGAAACGUACCAGGUGGUGGAUACGGACACGUUCCUGGUGGUUACGUACCGUACGGUAGAGGCGGUGGUGCUUACUACGGUGGAGGAUAUGGAACCGUUCCUAACCAAGGGUACGUGGCCAGUGCUUGGGACUAAGUUGUUGACUCCAAUUCUUCAAAAACCCGAUUACGUCCCCUCUUAUCUCUAUUGUUUUACUAAUAGAGAGCAUCGUAUGUGUAUGUUUGCUCUUUAAAUGGUUAUUUAUGUAGACACGAGUGAGUCUUCACUUGUGCAUGUUAAAGAUGC